AUGUCCACACUCGAGGAACGGGAGUUGGCCAUCAACCCCAUCGUCGUUACUAGCGUACAACACAACACCCAGGCCGUCUCGAACAUACGCAGUCUGACCGCUUCUCUGUUCGGCGUCGCCGCAGGAACACUUGGGCUGGAGUCCUACCCAGGCUUCAUCUUCUACCUCGUUGGAUCAUUCAUCGUAUCGGCGCUGAUAUUUGCAUUACGCACGGACGGAAAGCCUGCCGACUACUUUCACCGCCCGCUGGGAGACCUGUGGGUUGGGGAUGUGUUCAAUGGUUACGGAAUAGAGGAUGUGGCGAUGGUGCUCUAUGUGUGGGCGGGGUUAUGCGAGGGCCAGGCAAACCCGACUUUGGAGGCUGUGCUUAACCAGCGCUUCGCUCAUCGCAACAUCCCUCCACUCUUCGCCUGUGGAUAUUCAAGGACAAGCUGGAUGCAGAUAGGCGAGGACCGCGUCAAGAUACCCAGGAUCUCAGUGUUACCGGCGAUGCUUGAAGCACGCUUAACCCAGGCCAACCUCUUCAAGAAGGUGGUCGAUGCCAUCAAGGAUCUGGUGCAAGACUGCAACUUCGACUGCAAUGACUCCGGCAUCAACCUCCAAGCCAUGGACAACUCCCACGUCGCUCUCGUCUCGAUGUCUCUCAAGACUGACGCCUUCUCGAACUUCCGCUGCGAUCGAAACAUCGCUCUCGGCAUCAACCUUGGUUCUCUGACCAAGGUCCUCCGCGCGGCAGGAAACGAUGAUGUUCUCAGCAUAAAGGCCGAAGACGCCCCGGAUGUCGUCAACAUUGUGUUCGAGUCUAGUAGCCAGGACAGGAUCAGCGAGUAUGACAUCAAGCUCAUGGACAUUGACCAGGAGCAUCUGGGCAUUCCUGAGACGGACUACUCGGCGAUGAUCACGAUGCCCGCUGCAGAAUUCCAGCGCAUCUGCCGCGAUCUCAGCGCUCUAUCGGAGUCAGUUGCGAUUGAAGUAUCUAAGGAAGGUGUCAAAUUCAGCUGCACGGGUGAUAUUGGUUCUGGAUCGGUACAGCUCCGAAGCAACACCAAUGUCGAGAACCCUAAGGAGAGCGUCGAGAUCGAAAUGACUGAGCCGGUUGCCCUGACCUUCUCACUGAAGUACCUCGUCAAUUUCUGCAAGGCGAGUGGACUCAGCGAUAAGGUCAAGCUGAAGCUCUCCGCCGAGGUGCCGCUGCUUGUCGAGUACCCGCUCACGGAGGGCACCAACAGCUUUCUGCAGUUCUAUCUUGCGCCUAAGUACCUCCCUGAACAAGUCAGUAACAGAGUCGCAGGCAAUCAUACCGCAUACAAGCAGGUCAAAGGCACGAAAACCUCACCCGACCAGAUCCUCGACCUCUACGAAGGCCUGCGACAAUCGAACCUGAACAACUUCGAUGUGUUGUUGACCGGAUACAUGCCUAGUGCGCAUUGUGUACAGGCGAUAGGCAAGAUCGGACGCGAUAUCAAGUUCAAUGCUGGGACAAAACCGGGGAGCUUCUUCUGGGUGCUCGAUCCGGUAAUGGGCGACAACGGCAAGCUCUACAUACCCGAAGACGAAGUCCCAGAAUACAAGACACUGCUUCGGGACGCAGACCUCAUCCUGCCCAACCAGUUUGAAGCAGAGCUGCUUUCGGAGACGACCAUCACCGAUCUUGAUUCUCUCGCAGCUGCAAUCCAAGUAUUGCACAAAAAGUAUCAAGUACCGCACGUAAUAAUCACGUCUCUCCGCUUAACGCACGAUAACCGGACUGUAUCUUCGCGUGCUCCAUCGCGUACGCCAUCAAAGCCCACAUCAACCACUGCAUCUGGUCGACAAACGCCUACCGACGACCCAGCACGAACCCAUCCUGCCUCACUUUCCGCCAAAGAUGGCGCCUCCGAGCAACCAACCUCCUCCACACCAAGAACGUCAGACACCGAGGCCCUCUCGAAGCCUCCCGUCGAACCAGAAGAGCCCGACUCACCCCCCAAAAACAUAACCAUCAUCGGCUCCACCGCAACCUCGGACUUCACCCCCCGCCUCUUCCGCAUAGACACACCCCGAGCUCCCCUCUUCUUCUCCGGCACAGGCGACAUGUUCGCCGCCCUCACCAUCCCCGCCUCAUCCAAGCCGUGCACGCCGCCUCCACCCCAGACGCAGAUCUCAAGUCCACACCGAGCUGGCGCUCCCCAGACGACGUCCCAGCGCACGAAUUACCCUCGCUACAGCCUGCCAGAAAGUCCUCGCUAG